GCAGCUCUCUGAUUGUUAUAUGGCAUCUGAAGCGAUAAUUUGCUUGUUUUUCUUACUGGCGUUGGCACUCUUGAGCCCUGUCCAUGGAAAAGAAUGCACAAAUAUUCCUACUCAAUCUUCUUCUCACACUAUUCGUUCUCAAUUGAAGAAGGAUAGCUGGGAGGGAGAUUUACUUUCUCUUUAUCAAUCAGCUAUUACUGAUAAGUCCACAUACAUGGACUUGCUUCCUCGCAAACUUCUUGAAAGGGAGCCUAUGGCAGAGAGCCUUGAUUGGGGGAUACUGUAUCAAAGUAUGCAUUCAGAUGGAAUUAGUAAGCAGCAGCAGGGAGUGAAUUUCCUCAAUGAAGUUUCACUCCAUGAUGUUCGUUUGGAUCCUGAUUCUGUGCAUUGGCAAGCGCAACAAACUAAUCUGGAGUAUUUGCUACUGUUGGAUGUGGAUCGGCUGGUUUGGAGCUUUAGAAAGCAGGCUGGUUUGGAAACUCAUGGGACACCUUAUGGAGGGUGGGAAGCACCUGAUGUGGAGCUUAGAGGGCACUUUGUUGGUUAG